AUGGAUAUCGGAAAACCUGUUAGAAACAAAUUACGUCUGCCAAUUGCACAGAAUAAGGAUAAAUCGCCAGGAUUACAAAGCGAAAUAAAGGAUAUAAACAUUCUCGCCCAAGUUUCUUGA